ACAUCUUUCCUGGACCCUGCGUCUCGGCAGCGCAGACCCGCGGGCCCCAAGGGCUGGCAGAGGGCGUGAAAGCUCAAAUCAUUAACCCCUCCCAGCCUCUUCCUAAGUCAGCCACCCUGCCUCGGCGCCGCACUCUGUGGCUUUGCCUCGCAGACACGCGCGGGCAGAAGCGAGCAGGGCUGGCCAUUGGAGUUCGCGGCUGUGGAGGGAGGGGACCCCGACUCGAAUAACUUUGCCAAGGCGCGACGCAGUCUGUUGGGGGCAGCAGCAAGAUGCGGAGCGCGCGGCGCGGACCCGGAGCUCCCCGAGCGCAGCUUCGUCCUGCCUGAGCGAGGGUUGCCAUUUCUGAGGCCCUCUCCAGCCAAGGAAAAGUCACACAAAAAGCCUGGAUCUUUGACUGAACCGUUUCCCCUUCCAGUGAAGGAGUGAAGGCCGGUGUGGGCCUUGCCCUCUAGCGUUCGUCUGGAGAAGUGGCCUCCUCCAGGCUCCUGGGGGACACAGCCCUGCAUGAUGGGGUCCACUAGCCUCCCGCAGGUGAAGGCUGUCCGCAGUCUGGUCUCUGACUACGUCAACUAUGAUAUCAUAGUCCGGCAUUACAACUACACGGGAAAGCUGAAUAUCAGCCCUGACAAAGAGAACGGCAUUAAACUGACCACGGUGGUGUUCAUUCUCAUCUGCUGCUUCAUCAUCCUGGAGAACAUCUUUGUCUUGCUGACCAUUUGGAAAACCAAGAAGUUCCACCGACCCAUGUACUAUUUUAUAGGCAACCUGGCUCUCUCAGACCUAUUGGCAGGUGUGGCCUAUACAGCCAACCUGCUGUUGUCUGGGGCCACCACCUACAAGCUCACCCCUGCUCAGUGGUUUCUGCGGGAAGGAAGUAUGUUUGUGGCCCUGUCUGCGUCGGUGUUCAGCCUCCUGGCCAUCGCCAUUGAGCGCUAUAUCACCAUGCUGAAGAUGAAACUCCACAAUGGGAGCAACAGCUCCCGCUCCUUCCUGCUCAUCAGCGCCUGCUGGGUCAUCUCGCUUAUUCUGGGUGGCCUGCCCAUCAUGGGCUGGAACUGCAUCAGCUCACUGUCCAGCUGUUCCACCGUGCUGCCCCUCUACCACAAGCACUAUAUCCUCUUCUGCACCACGGUCUUCACUCUGCUCUUGCUCGCCAUCGUCAUCCUAUACUGCAGGAUCUACUCCUUGGUCAGGACUCGGAGCCGCCGGCUCACCUUCCGCAAGAACAUUUCUAAGGCCAGCCGCAGCUCUGAGAAGUCGCUGGCAUUGCUGAAGACGGUGAUCAUCGUCCUGAGCGUCUUCAUCGCGUGUUGGGCACCCCUCUUCAUCCUGCUCCUGCUGGAUGUGGGCUGCAAGGUGAAGACCUGCGACAUCCUCUACAAAGCCGAGUACUUCCUGGUGUUGGCUGUGCUCAACUCUGGCACCAACCCUAUCAUUUACACUCUGACCAACAAGGAGAUGCGUCGGGCCUUCAUCCGGAUCAUGUCCUGCUGUAAAUGUCCCAAUGCAGACUCCACUGGCAAAAUCAAGCGACCCAUCAUCGCAGGGAUGGAAUUCAGCCGCAGCAAAUCAGACAACUCCUCCCACCCCCAGAAGGACGAUGGGGACAACCCAGAGACUAUUAUGUCUUCUGGAAAUGUCAACUCUUCUUCCUAAAACUGGAAGCUGCCAAUCUUCGGGAAGUGCUCUUACAUGGUCACCCACCACCCCAGCAUUUGAAAUAAGUCUCUGGGCCUCGAGUGGGGCCAGGGAGGAGCUGCAGGGGGCCAGAGAGAGGGAGGAAGGAGGGGGAGAACUCAAACAACCUGGUGGUGCUGCAGUUGGUGGGUAGAGUUAGUUCCUGUGAACAAUGCACUGGGAAGGGUGGAGAUCAGGUCCCCGCCUGGAGCCUAUUUCCUCUCCCUUUGGAGCUUUGAUUUUGCACUGAGCCAAAGGUCUAGCAUUGUCAAGCUCCCAGAGGGUUCGUUUGGCCCCUCCUCCAAGAGUAAGAUCCCCAGGAGAAAGGCUUUCUGUCUGGAGCUUAGAGGAAAAGAUGUUUUCUUUCACUUCAGUUUCAAACCCACGUGAGUGUGUGCACUUCUGCUUGCUGAGGGAUGCUCUGCUUCUCCCACCCUCCCUUCCCCUUCAGCCCCAUCUCAAGAUUCUUUUACUUUAUAUUGUAACUACCUGGCAUUCAUCAGAGCCGAGAUUGUGGCAUGCUGUUCUUGGUCAUCUGCAGCAGGCAGGUUAUGUUGAGUAGGUAGGCUGUGAAGACAUGGAGAGGGAAAGCAGUUUCAUUUGCUGAGGCCAAAGUUUCCACGUAAGCUGGAUUCGUUUUUUUGGAAUUUGCUUGAAGUCACUUUGAUUUUUUUUUUUAAACAUCUUUACAGUGAAACAUGUUAUAGUGUCAUAUCAAUUGUGGCUGUAAUCGGCCUAAGGAAGUCCACUUUAUCUAAAUGGUAUCAGCCAGGACCUUUAGUGUUAUAGGAGAAACAAACAAAAGAAGGGGAAAACUGACUGGGAGUAAACUUUUGUAAACCAAGAGAGAAUUCUUCAUGAUUGUCUAACAAAUACAAUAUCUGUCUUUGGCACUUUGGUUGAUGUUUAUUUCAGAGUGUUGUGUAAUUUGUUUCAACCAACUGGAUGGUUGUAUUUGGUUGUUAAAAGUACUUUCUAUGAUUUUUGAAUGUAUUUGUUUCAGCAAAGGUCAUUUUAUUAGAGUUUUUCUAACUUGUGUUAACAGCACUGAAUGUGUGUUUCAUAAGAAAAUACCAGUCUCUUGUGCCCUUAAAAGCAUUACUUUAACUGAUAGGGAACAAUGGAAUUUCUUCAGUACAGAUGUUCAUUAGAUAGUAAUUGAAGGUGUGUAUAAAUGUUACAAAGAAUAAAAAUGUUACUGUCUUUUUAGUAUGGUUUUCAGUGCAAUUAAACCAAGAAAUGUCUUGUUUUUUUUUAAAAAAAUAGUAUUUAAUAGGUUUCUGACUUUUGUGGAUCAUUUUGCACAUAGCUUUAUCAACUUUUAAACAUUAAUAAACUGAUUUUUUUAAAGA